AUGAAGGAAACAUCUGUGCUGUGUCUGCUCUUUCUGAUCUCACUGCUGAGCUGCACAACAAACCAAGCUCGUCUGACUGUGAGUCCCAGCAGCUCUCAGUUCUUUAACGGAGACUUUGUGUCUCUGAGCUGUGAGGAGGACGACAGCUCUGCUGGAUGGACUCUGAGGAGGAACACAAGCAAACAACAGAGGACUCAGUGUGGAGAUGGGUGGGGCGGAUUGUCUGGUUUAGCUAAUUCUUCCUGUGACAUCAGCUACAUCGUCAAAGGGGACAGUGGAGUUUACUGGUGUGAGUCCAGAGAGGGUGCCAUCAGUAACAUGGUUAAGCUCACAGUCUCUGGUGGAUCAGUGAUCCUGCAGAGUCCUGUCCUCCCUGUGAUGGAGGGAGAUGACGUCACUCUGCUCUGUCAAACAAAGACCACUCCCUCCAACCUCCCAGCUGCUUUCUAUAAAGAUGGCUCCCUCAUCAGGAAGCAGCCUACAGGUCACAUGACCAUCCAGCAUGUUUCCAGGUCUGAUGAAGGCCUCUACAAGUGUGACAUCAGCGGUCAUGGAGAGUCUCCAUCCAGCUGGAUC